CUUUGUAACCCCUUGCCCCAAUGUCUCAUGCAUCGAGGCCCUGGUGUAACGACGUCAAUGUGCAUUCUCGUGUGCUCACUGGCCCAUGUCCUGCCAAGAGAGCAAGAGUGAGUACUGAGAAUAGGCGCUGCUCACUAUUUGGGCCGGCAAGGUCCCACCACCACAGCUGCCUGUAUUUCCGCGCGAUACAAUCGCACCUUGUCUCCUCUUUUUUGCACUUUUUGUCGCUUCCCUCUUUUCUUUCUCUGCUCCUUCCCUUUUCAAACCUCGACUCUAACCCACCCCCUUAUCUCUCCUUCUUAGCAUUUAACGAAAUAACCUACAAAUGAAGAGCCUGUUCGCUAUCACUACUAUCGUCGCCCUUGCUGCUGGUAAGUAUCGAGGGGUGAUUUCUCCCCUCCCCUCCUGAACCAGGCCGUCGGAUGCGCGGGCGCGUUAGUGCUAAAUCCAGUUAUGACGUAGGUGCGUGCAACAAGGACAUCUCUGCCAAGUCGCAGAGCGAUAUCGACACGAUCAACGCGUGCAAAAAGUACGAGGGCAAUGUCCUGAUUGACGGUGACAACGGUCUCAGCGGUCUCGGUUCGCUGUCGCUGGACACUCUGCAGAAGAUUGACGGCGACCUGACCGUCCAGAACAUGUAUGGCCUGGAGACUGUGUCGCUGGCCAGCCUGUCCUCGGUCAACGCCUUCCGCUUCCUGAACAACACGAAGCUGUACAAGAUCGCGGCGCCGAGCCUUUAUGAUGUCAAGGACUUCCAGGUCAUCGUGAACCCGAACCUGAAGACUCUGCAGUACAAGAACGUUACCGAUGUCGACAACUUCCAGCUCAUCGACACGUACGUCGACCUCCUGGGCAAGUUUGUUGCGGCGGAGCCCAAGAACAUCGAGAUUCUGUCCAACAGCCAGCUGAAGCAGCUUGACUUUAGCUCGGUCAAGAAGACCUCGGGCUACAUCAACAUCGCCAACAACGCCAGGGACGCCAACGUGACCUUCUCGGCGCUGACGGAGGUUGCCGGAAACGUGUCGUUCGGUAACGUUGGUUCGCUCGACAUCUCGAAGCUGUCGGCUGUCGGCUACGACUUCUCGCUGUACACCAACACCUUCAAGAACAUCUCCGUUCCCCUGGAGCAGGCCAAGAAGUCGAUCACCAUCAACGCCAACAACCAGCUAGUGUCGCUCCAGUUCCCCGAGCUGACCAGCAUUGGCUCGUCGCUGAACAUCAUCAACAACACCAAGUUCCGCAGCAUCGACUCGUCGACCUUCCCGCAGCUCAAGACCAUCGACGCCGGAUCCUUCUACGUCGGCAACAUCGACAACAUCACCUUCCCCAAGCUGACCAAGAUCAAGGGCGUGUUCAACGUCACCGGCUCCGGCGAUCUUGACUGCAGCAGCUUCAAGAAGAGCUUUGGCAGCAAGGGCGAUGUGAAGUGCAACGUUGUCCGUGACGCUGAGGAUGAUGAGGGUGGCUCGUCGUCCAAGUCCAAGGGCUCGUCGGGCUCGAAGAACUCGUCCAAGGACUCGUCGGGUGCCUCGCGCUCGACCACUGUCGCUGCCAUGCUGAGCGGCGCUGCCUUUGUUGUUGCUGCCUACCUGUAAGCAGCUUCUUUAUGUGAACCUUCUCCUUAUGAAAUCUUUCAAAAUAUGCCGGCCGCCUUAUCUAGUUUCUCUUUUUGACUCUUUCCGCAUCCGUUCUCUUCCUAAUUCGCCAAAACAGACCUUUAAAAAUUAUAGCACCGCUUGUGGCAUAGAGG